AUGUCCCCCGUCGUGCUCGAAUCUCCAGCAUUGAAUUUGCACAACACCAACAUGUCUACCAUGGCACGGAUACAGCAGCAGUUCACACAGAAUGGCGGUGCUACGUCAGAGGCCGGUCCCGGCCAGAGUAGCAGCAGUCCAAACGGCCAGAGUGGCCAAGAAGAGUUCAACUUCUCCGCGAAUGUCAUUACACCGUCGCGCACGAGCUGCUCCAACUGCGGUGUCACCGACAGCCCUCUAUGGAGGCGCGAUCCCUCAGGAAACACCGUCUGCAAUGCGUGUGACCCUGCCUGUCAGUUCUGCUUUGGGUGUUAG